AUGUGGUCGUCCAAGAAGAGCAGCGCCGACUCCGAGUCGUCUUCCUCCACCUCAUACCCGCCAGUGUUUGCAGUCGACAGGACGGAGGUUGCCGUCGCCACCGCCACCGGCGUGCCGGAGCUGACCCUUCGCGAGCUGAACAAGGCCACCCGGUCAUUCUCGGCCGCGAUGCUCAUCGGCAGGGGGAAGAACAACACGGCUGUGUACCGCGCCUCGCUGCCAAUCGGGGACGGCAAGGCCGCCGCCGUAGCCAAGAGGCUCGGUCAUCCACCUGCCUCCCUCUCCCUCUCCGGCACCUGGAACGCCUCCGACGACGAGUUCCUGAGGCAGCAGGUGCUGGUGCUGUCGAGGCUCAGGCACGACAACCUCGUCCGCCUGCUCGGCUACACCAUCGACACCACCGCCGGCGUCCGCGUGCUUCUCUUCGAGUUCGCCGACAUGGGCACGCUGCACGACGUCCUGCACGGGGGCUGGAGUACCUGCACCGCUGCACGACGCGGCGGCCGUGUCGCACCGGGCCAUCAACUCCACCAAGGUGCUGCUGUUCCAAGGCUUAAGAUCGCCGACUACGACUUGUUCAUGCAGCUGCCAUCGGAUGAGGACAAGGCCGUGAACGCGGUGGAGUUCUCCUGGUGCUAUUUAUCCGCCGGAGCAGCUUCGAUCCUGAGAGAAGGCAGAGUUGAGGGAUUCAUGGACCCCAAGCUUGGCACGCAGUACCCACCUGCCCGAGCACUCGAGCUGGCGAGGAUAGCGAUGUGCUGCUUGCAAGAGAACCCAAAGUCCCGGCCAUCCAUGGCCGACGUUGCCCAAACGAUCAGCUGCCACAUCGUUUCAUCGGAGACCAGCAUGGGCCAAGCAGGCUAG